AUGUUAGAAAGCGCGUCGGCGUCUUCCUCUCUGAUUUUCCGCUGCUUUGUGGCGUUGACCUUUCUUACUCUCAUCGAUGCGAAGGGUAAUUUCUACGCUCCGUACCGCUAUAACCUCUUCACCUCAGGGACAAGCCCCAGUCUGAAAGGCACAGGGCGAAGCACCGGCCGGCACAAGAAUUAUUGCGCCUAUAUUGUGAAGAAGAAUAUCACUUGCACGAUGCAGGACGGCACAGACACCUUUGUGAAAGCCGAAUACCAUCAGUGUGCUUGGGGACAACUCAAGUGUCCGGGGAUAGUCAUGUAUCGGACCUUUCUAAAACCUAAAUAUAAAAUUGGAUACAAGACCGUGACAGAGUUAGAAUGGAGAUGUUGUCCAGGAUAUUCUGGUGAUGCUUGCCAGGAAGGUCCUACAGGACUCCCUGAACUCGGACCAUCACAUCCAGGACCCAGGAAAGGUUAUUAUGGCCCUAAAGCUCCGGAUAUAUAUGGAGAACGAAUUGACCGUUUAGAAGAUGAAAUGCGACGAUUUUCACAGUCAUUUGAGAAACUCCAGACAAUGGUCAGCGGAAUCAGUGAUAGCCUCAGGCUGUCAAUUCAGGAAGACACCAAUAAAAUGAUUGUUUCUUUGCUGAAUAAUCUUAAAUACCCUGAUGCCGCGGUAGGCUUUGGAUAUAUAACCGAUGGCCUAGAAAACCUAAGUAAAGGAGAACCAACAUAUCCACCAGCAAUGGGAGACUUGGUAGCCAAAGUGACAGAGGUUAAGGAUGUAUUGAAAACAAAGAGUGACUUGCUUGAUGAAGUUCAUGGGAUGGUGAUUGGCCACGAUGGACAACUGAGGCAACUACUGGAGGCCAGUAGACCCUCUUCACCUUCAGCGACCGUGGAUUUCAUUGACACUUACAUAGAUACCAAACUUACUAAGUUCAGGGAGGAUCUAUUAGAUGGCUUUGAAAACAAAUUUACAGAUGUACAAACUAUCUGUGAUUACAAGGUAAAGCUGGUCCAACAGCAGUGCGAUGAACAGAAAAGUAUAAACCAAAGGCUUCAGGAAACAAUAGAUGGGAAAGAAUCUGACCUAAAGAAGGAGAUUAAUAACUUACAAACUCAAAUUGAUGGAUUGGCUGUAACGGAAAAUUGCUGUGACACUGUUAAGUAUUUGACAGACAAAGUCAAUGCUUUGGAACAGAAUCUACAUGAGGUAUCAAACUAUCAAAGGUCAUUAAUAACUCGAUUUGAGAAUGAACUACCACAGUUCUCCACUAUUCAUGUAGAGAAUAUCUAUGAUAGUAGGCUGGAUGACAUUGAGGCUAAAAUCAAUGCAACAGAGAGGAGCAUAGAAGAAAAUUGUAUGACCAUUGAAAAUAACAUGAAGGGGCAUUUUGCAACUGAAUUGGAUGGAAUGAAAACACUCCUACAUGAUAAGCUAAAGGAGAUCGAGGGUCGGGUUACCAUUAUAGUUGAAGAGUUAAGUAAUGUAACUACACCUGCAAACCUAGAGGGGGUAGUAAUCCCAAUGCUAGAAACAGAACUUGCCACUAUUAAAAAGCAAAGUAACGAUGGUCUGGAUAACUUGGAAGGGAGAAUUAUAGCUCUGGAAAAUCUAUGCACUGCAGAUUGCACCUCAAUUGUUGGCGACAUUGAAAUUCUCAGAACAGAUAUUGAUAACUGUCAGAAAAACUGCCGAGAUGUUGUGACCCAGCUGGAUAAGAACUCUGGUCUACUCAAUAAACUCAACUAUUCCAUGUUUGAAAUACAAAGGAAAAUUAAAGAGGAAGAAGAAUCCAGCGGGGUGCAGGGAGAAAUCACUUUACUGAAGAUCAACAUCAGCUCUGUUAACAGAACACUGAAAGGGAUCAAAGAGGCUGUCAGCAGAUAUGCUGACGAUUUUGCAAAUGCCAAUUCAACCUGGGAUGAACAUGAGCGCAAAAUGACAGAUGAAGUCCAUCUAAUUCAACAGAUAUUGAAUAGCCAAGGUUCCCAGCUCAUGUUCAACGACAGACGUGUCCAUGAGCUCAAAGGAGAUCUGCAGCGAAUUAACCACAGGAUCAUGUCAGAUCUCCAUAACUGCAAGCACAAUGCUCAGGACAUCCAGAAGGAAGUAUCACAGGUUGACAGGCGGGUAGCUGAAAUGGAGAGUGUGUGCAGUAAGCUAAAUGCGAUAACAACCAGUCUGGAUUUUAUUAAGGAUGCUUUGGAUAAUCAUGCUGGUGAUCUGUGGAGUUACAUGGACCAAAUGAAUGGAACCCUUGUGGUACACGGUCAAGAAAUCACUGGUCUGAAAGAUUCAGUGCAUGAGUGUAAUACCAAAAUUGCAGGCAUUGGAGACCAGAUGUUAAUUGGUCUGCAAGGACCCAUAGGCCCUCCAGGAUCAUCAGGAAACAAUGCUCUUACAAAACACAUUGUAUUUUCUGUUGGCCUAACUGAAGAGCCCUUCACUGCCAAUAAUGGGGUUGUAAGGUUCAACAAAAUUCUCAUCAAUGAUGGAGGGCAUUAUGCACCCAACACAGGUAUAUUUACCGUCCCUCACAGUGGACAGUAUUUCAUUAGUGCUGUAUUGACUCCGCAGAGAAAUGAACGCAUUGAGGCUGUGCUGACAAUAUCCAAUGUGAGCAUUGCACAAGUGGACACAGCUGGCUACAGGACUGAACUAUUAGAAAUUUCAAUGGAUGAAACUAAGAAUCAUCCUGGAGGUGGCCUCGCUGUGUUCAGCCUAAUUCUCAGGCUGAAAGCUGGUGAUGAAGUCAGUGUUGUUGUCAUGUCAGGAAAAUUAGCUUACACAGGAACAGAGGAGCUGUACUCUACAUUCAGUGGUGUUUUACUGAACGAUUCACCAAUGGAUAGCUGACAAAACCAAGGUAACAAGAGCAGCUAGAACUGAAAGA